AUGGUUGCCAUUCGAGAAGUCCGCGCUGCAAACGCCUCCCUCAAAUCCAGCAAGCAAUCCCUCACAGCCGUCUUCACCGGCGCAACGAGUGGUAUUGGCAAAGCCACUGUCCAAUCCUUCGCGAAACACAUUCCUCAACCUACAGCGAUCAUUGUCGGCCGCAGCCAGAAAGCCUUCGCCCCUGAGCUCGAGAACCUCCGAUCGAUCAACCCAGAUGGAACCUACGUCUUCCUAGAAGAAGACAUCUCCCUCAUCAAGAACAUCGACGCCGUGUCCCAAAGAAUAGCCUCAACCCUGCAAGAGAAGAGCUUGAAGAUCGACCUCGUCUUCCUCUCCCAAGGCUACAUCUCCUUCAACGGCCGUGAAACAAACGCCGAUGGUCUCGACACCUCCGUCUCACUACGCUACUACGGGCGCGUCCGCUUCGCACAGAACCUCCUCCCAUACACAGCGCCCGAAGCCCGCAUCGUGAGCAUCCUAGCAGGCGGCCAGGAAGCGACGAUCAUCGAAGACGACCUCGCUCUCGAGAGAAACUACUCCGUCGGCAACGCCAUGGGCCAUCCAGCGUGCAUGCUCACACUCAGCUGGGACGCUUUCGCCGCGCAGAACUCGGACAAAGCCUUCCUGCACGUCUUCCCUGGCCUGACAUCCACGGGUCUCCUUGGCAGGAGCGCGACCGGCGUGCUAGGGCUCGUGAUGAGAUGGGUCGUCGAGCCGAUUCUGAAGCUCACGGCGAGCAAGCCGGAGGAUAUUGGGGAGAGGAUGUUUUAUUAUGCGACGACGGAGGAGUUUGAGAAGGGGAGCUGGAGUUUGGAUUGGGAUGGGACGCCGAAGGAGAAUGCGGUGUUGAAGGGGUAUCGGGAGAGGGGGUUUAAGGAUGUGGUGGUGGAGCAUAAUGAGAGGGUUUUUGAGAGGGCGGUUUCGAGAUAG